CAAAGUAGAAAGAGCAGAAGGAAACAUGGGAAGAACUAUUUUUCUUCUCAUCUCUGUGGUGCUUGUAGCUUAUUAUAUUUAUAUACCUCUCCCAGAUGAUAUUGAAGAGCCUUGGAAAAUAAUAUUGGGAAAUACACUUCUAAAACUUGGAGGAGAUUUGGCUUCUUUUGGUGAACUUUUGGGACUCAAUCAUUUCAUGGACACGGUACAGUUAUUUAUGAGAUUUCAAGUUGUCCCACCCACUUCUGAUGAGAAUGUCACUGUGAUGGAGACAGAUUUCAACAGUGUUCCUGUUCGCAUAUAUAUACCCAAAAGGAAGUCAACGACGCUCAGGAGGGGCUUGUUUUUUAUUCAUGGUGGUGGCUGGUGUCUGGGGAGUGCUGCUUACUUCAUGUAUGACACUCUGUCAAGACGGACUGCCCAUAGACUUGAUGCCGUUGUUGUGUCAACUGACUAUGGCUUAGCCCCAAAAUACCAUUUUCCAAAACAGUUUGAAGAUGUAUAUCAUAGUUUACGAUGGUUCUUACAAGAGGACAUUCUUGAAAAAUAUGGUGUAGAUCCUAGAAGAGUUGGUGUGUCUGGGGACAGUGCUGGUGGAAACUUAGCUGCAGCUGUGACACAACAGAUUCUACAGGAUCCAGAUGUCAAGAUCAAACUCAAGGUCCAAGCCUUAAUAUAUCCUGCCCUUCAGGCUCUUGAUAUGAAUGUACCAUCACAACAAGAAAAUUCACAAUACCCACUUUUAACCAGGUCAUUAUUGAUCCGUUUCUGGAGUGAAUACUUUACUACAGACCGAGACCUUGAGAAAGCCAUGCUUCUCAACCAACAUGUACCUGUGGAAUUCAGCCAUUUGUUACAAUUUGUGAAUUGGAGUUCCUUGCUCCCUCAGAGAUAUAAGAAAGGUUACUUUUAUAAAACUCCCACUCCUGGUAGUUUGGAGCUGGCUCAAAAGUACCCAGGGUUCACAGAUGUAAAGGCAUGCCCUCUGUUGGCCAAUGACAGUAUAUUACAUCAUUUACCUAUGACCUAUAUUAUCACUUGUCAGUAUGAUGUUCUAAGAGAUGACGGACUCAUGUAUGUCAAGCGGCUUCAGAAUACUGGAGUUCAUGUGACUCAUCACCAUAUUGAAGAUGGAUUCCAUGGAGCACUUACCUUACCUGGUUUGAAAAUUACAUACAGGAUGCAAAAUCAGUACUUGAAUUGGCUUCACAAAAAUCUGUAGCAAAAUCUAUAAAAUGGUUUAUUGAAGAUAUAUAAACAACAAAAUAAGAAAUAAACUAGUAAACAUGGUUUUGAGGUUUCACAUAAAUCAUUUGUUGUUUCUAAUGAGCUGAUAGCUUCCACAUUUUGUUACUUUUAUUAUUAGCAAACAUUUUUUUUCAUUCCUUAUUCCGCAUUUACCUACAGACUCAUCUUCCAAACAAGAGUUUUAUGUGGGUACUGACAAUCCAAAUUCAUGUGUGCAUGCUUAUGAAAUGGGCACUUUAUCAAUUAUCACCAUGUACAAAUUCCAUAACAAUUCUGUAGUGCACUUUUAUUACCCAUUAUUAUUUUACACAUAAGAAAAAGUGAACUUAAAUAAGUGAAGUAAUAAAAUAUGUCCUAAAUCUAGUACUGUUGGAAUAAACAUUCAUUGUAAGUUUCU